AUGAUCUCACUACACUUUACGCAUGCAGCCAUGUUGCGGCUGUGCUUGUCAGUGGCUGCGACUCUGGCCGUCGCAUCGAGCCAGGACACUUGUACAGACGAUGGCUCCGGCUCCUGCGCAGCAGGCUCAGGUAGCGAGGAUGGCGUUUGCUUCGCCGUCAUUGCGAAAGAGAACCACUGGAAAGAGCUGGAAGUAAGGGUUGCGCAGAUCCUCCGGCACCAGCACUACAAGUUCGCCAGCAGCUACAUCGUGCUUGACACAGAUGGGAAGAAACCCAGCGAAAGGCUUUCUGACAACGCGCAGAAGCUCGUCAGCAGUGGCUUGCUCGACAAGUGGCUGGUGGCGGACUACUCACAGAAGUUCAUCAAGCGGAUCAACAAGACAGCAAAUUGGGAUCCUUUCGAGCAUCCGCCAUCAGCAGGAUUUCGGGACCGGCACAAGACCGUGUCUUUCACCGAGUUCAACGAAGAUUAUGAAGACAAGGAGCGGCCGGCACACUACUUUGCCAUCGACCAGUGCGGCCAUGGCUACCUGGUGGUGGUGGAGAUCGAGGUGAUCUGGAUGAGCUAUCGAAAAUACUCCUGGGUCGCCGCAGGCCUGGAGCUUAUGAAAGACAAUCCGGGCCUAGUCCUGGUUCAGCCGGCCUACCCCGGGGUCGAAUACCGACGGUUUCGAGAGAAGCCGACGACCAGAGAGAUUCGCAAGAAGUACAAGGAGCUAACGAACCCCAAAGUGGAGGCGGAGGACAUCACCUGCCGACAUCCCUUCAGCCUGCCCGGCUGGGUGAGCUUGGUGGAUCUGAAGCGUUAUCAUGACGUGGGUCCUCGCCAGAAGUAUCGUGAGUACCGCUGUGGCGGGCAGCUGGUGAAGGGUAAGAGGUGCCGGGACUACGAGUACCUUCGAGGCUGUGGUGGCAUGCGACUCUGGCAAGAUGCCUUGGAGUGCGUGGUGUGCAACCGCGGCUCCCUGCGCCAGGCACAGCUCACGGACUCUGACCGCGUCUGGGUGCAGAAGGCCCCCAUCACCUGCUUCCGCUCUGAUGUUGGGGAUAUGAUCGAGGGGAUCAACCUGGUGGAGAACGGCACAGUGUUUCCGGUGUCUGGCGUUGACUUCACCCUCAAGCUGGAGGAAGACGAAGACUCCGAUGUCUGUAUUGGCCUGGCAGCAAGAACAGCUGCUGGCACGCUUCAAUUUGUGUCUUUGCGGCUGGAUGAGAUCGAAACAGAGCCGUCGUUUGCUUUGAGUCGUCUUCUCCUCAACGACCCAGAAGCUUUGACCAUGGCCGACACGGAGGCGCUGCGCUACGCAGCCUUCGAGGAAGUCUUGGACCCGAAAGCUUUCGUUCAGAGCUCUUGGCUCUUCGGGCCUCCACGUGGGGAGCUUAACCCCUGGGCCUGGAACUUGUUUCGUGCCAAUGGCUCCUCUCACUGCCGCUUUCCCACGAAACGACAGGGGCGCAAGAUCUAUGAUCCAUGCGGCCCAAUGCCGCGGAGCAACCUCCGGCGCGUCCUUGCUUUCUUCACAGGCUACCUGAACCUCACCCUGGACAUCGACACCCUGGCUUUCCAGGUUCAAAGUCCCUUUGGGCAGCCUUUGGCGCUGCGCCCGACGAUGGAAGGAGAGCCCUGUCGCGGUCCCUGGGACUUGCACGACCUUCUCUCCCACGGAGGCUAUCAAGUUCGUCUAGUUCGGGCUGGGAGAUAUUUGCACCAGUGGUUAAUCCUGAACACAACCUGUGGCAAUGCCAGCGCCACGCUGGAAUUCCGAGUUUGGCCGAGUUGCAUCGACCUGCACGUGAUACCGGAGGAUGGAGCUCUGGUGCCCGGCUUUCAGGAGGAACUCGGAGAUGAGACAUCCAUGGUUGUGGGCGGGUCCGGCUACGGCACCGCCGCGUACUGCCUCCAUUGCCAGGGUACGUGCCUGUGGAAGAGGAUGCAAGCACCAUCCGGUUCACGCGCAUGUUGCCCGCUGGGCGAAGGGCUUUGUGGAUCUGGCCCAACAGUGGCAUGCUCGGUGCCCCUGAAUGACUGGAAGGCUGCUGGCCCAGUUCCACGGCUCACGAUUCGAGACAUUGCCGCUGAAGGGCGUUUCUGGCCAACGCUCUCCGAAGGCAACCCAUUCUUGGGGAAGCGCCCGAUCUGGGGUGACGGACAAGCAUGGAGGGUUGAGCUCACGUCUCGCAACGAGAGCAUCGUGCAAAACGAUGGCUACGAGGUUAUCUUGACGAAUCCGACGGCGGAAAGCAUGGAUUUUCGGGUUAUUUUCCACAUCGCAGCCCCGAAGAAGAUCACAGGCGUUGCCGUGGCACUCCACAACGGGACGACAAAGCGACCUUCGGGACUGCAUUUGCAAAUCAGCAAGAAUUGGCACGACAACGAGUGCUUCUGGGAGCGCAUCAGCUAUGACGGAGAGUGGUAUUCAGCUGCUGUGCAAGUGCGGCUGCCGCCCCGCAGCCGCUUGAAGGGUGAGCUCGCCGUUGCUUAUCAGUUCUUCGGCAAGCUACACACGGUGUCUCAUGCGCAGCUCUGCCUGAUAGGUUGGCCGGGCUCCAAUGGUCUCUGGGAAGAGGUUGGCCUGGGCAGCGAAGGCGAAUCCAUCACCUUCGAGCCGAACCUGCAGCAGCGGCGAAACUUGGUUCUGGACACGCGACCCUUCCUCGUCUGCAAGAUGGAUGAGCCCAAAUGCACGUGCCAGAAGGAAGUCAACGCCAGCGGAAGGUUUGCCCAGCACCUGUGCAACUUAGACAAGGUGGAGGGCUGCGUCGGCGACGUAAAUGUCACUGGCUGGACCGAGAAUCAUGGCGGUUCCGACUUUCUGACGGCCAUUGAUCCUGGUGGAUCUUACCAGUAUUUAACCAAUGUGACAGUCACUCACACAUCGAACGGUCCCCGGCUCACGAAUGCCACCUACUAUGGUGUCACAGCAGAUGGCGCCGUCCGUGUCGAGCGGACCGUCUCAACUUGGGCCACAGAGGACUUCCCUCGCUACCUGCACUCUUUUCGUUACGAGGUACUGAGGAACGUGACUUAUCGUCGGCUCGCUUUUUACCUCCUGGGUGGCGAUUGGUAUAACUUCGUCCUGAACCCUUCGCUCGCCUAUGGCUCGCGGAGGUUGGACCGCCACCUCACGAACAUCUCCUUGGACUUGGAGCAGUUUGAGUAUUCGAAGGACUUGAGGAAUCUGGCGUGCCACGAGCCGCCCUGUUGGUUUGCUCUGCUUACGCAGUCGAACCAGGAGGAUCGCCACGCGCACCGUGGGCUGGUCGUCCGGCGCUGGCGCGGGCAGAUGGGGGGCCAGGAGCUGCCUAAAGAUCGAGGCUUCGUCUUCUCCGUUUUCGGCUCCCGGAACAUGGGGGAUCCCACGCCCACGCUGGGCCUGGAGCUGGGUCCAGGGAAGAAGAGCCUGCAGGCUGGGGACGUCAUCUCUGCAGAUCUUGAGCUGCUUCUUUUCCCCAAGUCGGAAGAUGUUUACUACGGGCCCUCGAUGCGCCUCCGCAGAUGGCUCUCCAUGGAGCCCUGGGAGGUGGUCCGGCGCUCUGCCCUCGAAGCUCAGCUCCAGGUGCAGGUGGCCGAAGGAGUCCUACAGCGGAGCUACCCGCCAAGAGUGGCUGUCAGCUCGGAAGGCCGUGCCGAGUUCCGCUUCCUUGUGCCUGCAGAGUACCCAGGUGUCGUGCCUCUGACGGUGGCGGGCGUCGCACAGACGGGAGGCUGCCUCUGCCUUUGGGACAACGGCUGCCGGGAACUGGGGGAGGGUGGCGAGUUUCAAACAGACUACGUCCCGGGGGAGGGCUUUGCGCAUACCUUCAGUUUGAUGCCCUCAGAGUUUGGUUCCGAGCUUCUCUUCAUCUUCGAGCAGGUCUGCAAGCAGGCGGAACGACGCAACUCGCGGUGA